AUGAAGGACUCUGCCGCCGCCUUAAUACAAAAUUUAAAUAAGUUGAACAGAGAAAACUUUACUCGAUAUGUUUUGAAUCAAGUUGCAUUGAACGUGGAUCUUACAUUACCGGCAAAGCGAAACUACAACACUAAUCGAACUGGCCCAAGAACAAACAAACAUGAUCGCUUGAGACUCCAGCCUCUAAAAUCAAUCUUGCACAAAGAUUUUCAAAAGUUCUUUAGAGAAAAAAUCUCUAAUCCGCAAAGCAUUGUCCCAACAGAUUUUUUUGGUAACGAUGAGGUGAACGCUAUUAUCACUUAUUUCGGUCAGAUUCAGUCAGAAAGCGACCUUCGACGGAUCAUCAAAGGCAAGGCACUUGCAGGCCAGUUGGCGCGCUUGAUGGAAACAAUUGAGACAUUCAGAUCAGGUCCCAUGUGGAGUGGCACGGAUAGUGGGGUCGAAAUACCAGAACACAAGCAGACCGAAAAUUUACUUGAUGAUGCAUCUAGACGCAACAAUACAAGACAACUAGAAUCGUCCACACCUGCCAAGCGGACCCGUAACAACACAACUGCGAAUCAUGAGACCAAAGAAACGCAAUCUGAGCCACCAAUACAUACACCCAACGAAAAGAGGCCACGGAAGAAUGCGGUGUCGCCUGAGGUUCUCAGACAGCAACAGGAAUCGGCAGCUGAGCGACAACGUAUGAAAGAGGAGAAGUCGGAGAAACAAAGAGUCGAGAAAGAGAACAAGGCAAGGAGACUGGCAGCGCAGGCGCAAAUUAUGUCGGACGUGAAGAAAGAGUACGGUUGGAUUUAG